CAAGACUCAUCCAGGAAAUGGAGUCCGUAGUGCUGCUGUUGCUGCGUUGAGGUUGAGCUAGUGUGGCUAGCUAUCAGAGGGCGUAUCGUUACUACACACCGAGCAGCUAUGGUUUAUCAGAGGCACACAACCAACAAAAGACAGGCCACGAAUAUAAAUAAGACCAUUCGCGUUUGAGCAGCAAGGAGCACAUUAAUUUCUUGUUAACCGAGAUCUGUCGCUGCAGCGCCUUGGGCACCAGGAGGAAUAUUUAGAAUAACCAUGAACCCCCAGGAGGCAGACGUGAGCACCAUCUCUCCAGAGCUGCCGGCAAUGUUUGACGGCAUGAAGCUGGCGGCGGUGGCCACGGUACUCUACAUCAUCGUCCGCUGCUUGAACCUCAAGAGCCCCACUGCUCCCCCGGACCUCACCUACCAGGACACACCCCUCAACCGCUUCCUUCUCAAGUCCUGUCCUCAGCUGACCAAAGAGUACAUUCCUCCCUUACUGUGGGGUAAAAGCGGCCACCUCCAGACGGCACUGUAUGGUAAACUUGGCCGGGUGAACUCACCUCACCCCAGUGGAGUCAGGAAGUACUUACCCAUGCAGGAUGGGGCCACUGCAACCUUUGACCUCUUUGAGCCACAGGGGGACCAUCGAACAGGAGAUGACAUCACCAUGGUGAUAUGCCCUGGUAUUGGCAACCAUAGUGAGAAGCAUUACAUCCGAACCUUUGUGGAUUACGCCCAGAAGGACGGUUACCGCUGUGCUGUGCUGAACCACCUGGGAGCGCUUCCCAACAUCGAGCUUACCUCUCCACGCAUGUUUACCUACGGGUGCACAUGGGAGUUUGCAGCCAUGGUCGGCUACAUUAAGCGGACGUAUCCUCAGACCCAACUGAUGGUGGUGGGCUUCAGUCUAGGUGGAAACAUUGUAUGCAAGUUCCUGGGCGAGAACAGCAUGAACCAGGAGCGAGUGCUGUGUUGUGUCAGUGUCUGUCAGGGGUACAGUGCUCUCAGGGCACAGGAAACAUUCCUACAGUGGGACCAGUUCAGACGCUUCUAUAACUUUCUCAUGGCUGACAACAUGAAGAAAAUCAUCCUCUCACACAGGCACAGUCUGUUUGGGGGAAACCCAGUUAAAAUGGUAGAUCUAGAUCUCGGUCCGCUGUACACAGCAACAUCUCUAAUGCAGAUCGAUGACAACAUCAUGAGAAAAUUCCAUGGCCACAGCUCUCUCAAAGAGUACUAUGAGAAGGAAAGCUGUGUACAUUAUAUUCACAAUGUAAACGUGCCACUGUUGCUAGUGAACUCUGCAGAUGACCCUCUGGUUCAUGAAUCACUGCUCACCAUCCCUCGCACACUAGCAGCAAAGAAGCCCAAUGUGAUCUUUUCCCUGACGCUACAUGGAGGCCACCUGGGCUUUUUCGAGGGCGCGGUGCUAUUCCCCCAGCCCCUCACCUGGAUGGACAAAGUGAUUGUGGGCUACGCCAACGCCAUGUGCCAGUGGGAGAAACAGAAACCGCCGUGCCAAAGUGGCCAUCUGAGUGAGAGCUCUUGCGCAGAGGAAAAAGCAUAAACCUCUGACCGUAUCUCUCUCGCACAUACUCUCUCUCCCUACCUUCUCCCUCUCUCCAACACCUAUGCCCCAGCACUGAGAAGACACCUAAACUAACCCUUAAACUGCUCUCUCUUCUCUGCCUUCUCCUCUGGUGCUACUCACCGCUCCUGACCCACAUCCCGGUCGAAUAUGUCUCCCCUUUGUAAUCACAAUCACCUUUCAUUAUGUAAAGGAACAAAAACAACUGCCUUUGUGCUCUUUUCCGUUGCAAAGACUUUGAAUUAAGAGCAGGAACAUUUAGUUUCUCUUCAUGUACUCAACAACGAUCCUUGGCUAAUGGGGGCGUUGACUAAAUAUGAGGAGAGAUGAAGUCAAACUGGCAUUAAAAAGUAAAAUGAGAGCACCACUUUAGAGUAGUCCAGUGAAAAACAAGAGCACACGAGAAGCCUCCUAUUACAGUAUUCAAGGACUGUGCUGCAGUCGGUGCCCAUUUACCGCACCUGUAAGAAGCUCACUGCUUAUCACCGCCAAGGCCAUAUAGCCUAGUCUGCUGUCUUAACCAACACAGCAUCGUGUGUGUGUGUGUGUGUGUGUGUGUGUGUGUGUGUGUGUGUGUGUGUGUGUGUGUGUGUGUGUGUGUGUGUGUGUGUGUGUGUGUGUGUGUGUGUGUGUGUGUGUUGUGUGUGUGUGUGUGUGUGUGUGUGUGUGUGUGUGUGUGUGUGUGUGUGUGUGUGUGUGUGUGUGUGUGUGUGUGUGUGUGUGUGUGUGUGUGUGUGUGUGUGUGUGUGUGUGUGUGUGUGUGUGUGUGUGUGUGUGUGUGUGUGGGGUGUGUGUGUGUGUGUGUGUGUGUGUGUGUGUGUGUGUGUGUGUGUGUGUGUGUGUGUGUGGACCGCGAGUUAAAGACCCGUGACGGAGCACGUGGUCCUUGUGUUUGGUAGAUGUGAUCCAAAUUCUCUGUUCGUGGUCUACCAACACUUCUAAUGUCUGUUCUUUUGGGUGAACUGUUGCUCUGUUGUUGGUAGAAAAUGUACAGUAGAAAAUCUAAGCAUAAUGGUGGUGUGCAAUUCCAGCUCAUAACAUCCUCUUGAAACUUGCGUUUGGCACUUGAAAUGAAAGUGUUUAGUGCUUACCAGAAAUGACCAGGGAUUAAUCCCAGCAGGGAUCCGUGCACAUUCCCACGGUCGCAUUUUAUCACUUUGAUUCAAUGCACUUUAUGACACAAUUUAGUUUUUUCUUAAUUUUUAUCCACCCUCAUUAGUCAAAGCGCAGUUAUGGAGAUCGUUGAUGGUUUAGCUCUCCUUGUGAACGAGAGGAAGAACUGAAAGGAGCAAUGAUGAUGAUGUAAAGUUAGAUGACUUAUAUGUUCCCUGUGUUGUCUGUUGUCUUUGAGCCCUCUUACUCUUUCUUCUGCCUUUGAACAGCUGCAGGUCCAGCCAAGGCUGAUAUCCUUCUCUUACUAUACAGACGCUAGCACUCCACCCUCUAAACACAUGAUUUGGUUCAAACCUCUUGGUAUACUUUUGCCUUUUUUUCGGCAGAUAACUCUGUGGUGUCCUCUAAUUUGCCUAGGGAAAGUUUGGCAGUGUGAAGCAGAUAUUCUCCUGUAAUCUAAGCUGUGAGGUGGGAUUAGUAAGGAGGGCUGAGGGAUACCGAUGCUAAACCAAAUGUUUAUAAGUGGAUUGUUUGUACUUUGAGUUGCCAUACUGGUGAUUGUUAUCCUGUAUAAUUAGAUGGAGAACAUGGCAUGCAGGAAAUAAGAGACAUUUUAAUUCAAGGGAAUAUUUCUGUUGCAAAGACUGCAUUGAAAUCUUAUUUUCUUGACUGAGCUGAGCGUUAAAGCUGCUGAAAUCAAUCUGAAAUGUGUCUUCAUGAAAUGAUACUGCAAUAAUGGGACCUGUGGACUUUUCAAAACCUGAAUCUAAUUGAGAACUUGUUGCACACCUUGUAAGGGCUUAGGAAUCUUCUUCCAAGGCAAAUUCCAGCCAAGUAAUCAUAACACUGUGAUGAGACAGAUGGAUGGUUUUAAAUGACAAAGGGGUACGCAGUGAUUGACAAACGCACAUUUUGUUUAGGCUGUUUGUGUUUAAAAGAUCUGGGUUUGAUAGUAUUUGCCAGUAGUCUCAUUUGUUGCAGGAAGUUUGGCACGUCAGGACCAUUUAUAUUUAUCUUUGUGUCUUUUAGUUGUAACAUUGUGACAAAUAAUUACCAUGAGCAAAUUCAUUCUUGACCUGGGAAAUAUGGGUUACAUAGUAGCCAGUCACCAGCCAUCACUAAUUAAAUCAGUUGUUUUUUGGCUCAAGGACGAUUUCAAGAACAUAAUUUAUGUAGAUCUGUUGGUUUUUGAGAUGUAAUUGGCUUAAAUUUAACCUCCCUUUUUAUUAGAGAUUUUUUUAGUGCAAAUACUAUGAAAUCUAGCUAUCUUGCCAAUGCUGGCUUGGCUUAUAGGGAUUCACCAAUCCAACUUUAUCCCUCUGAAACUCAGGGUAUCUGCCAAUACCAUGCACCGAUCCAAGACCAGCGCUCUCUUUUCCCCCCCACAAGAAAUCUGUACACCUCACAGGGUGGAACUCAAUCAUUUUUAUGUACUUAGAGAGAGGGGAUUGCCAUGGCAGUAGGUCAGCAACCCGCCAUGACUGAAACUGAACACUAGAGUUUAUAAUGACAAUGACACUGUAUUUAACAUGGAUCAGUGACAUCGUGGCAGAUCGGGAUUGGUGAAUCCCCAAUUGCACCUUUUUUGCCAAAAUACUGUCAUCCUUCUAGUUGUUCAAAACACAAAUUACUGUACACUUCUGCCAUCUGUUGUCAGGGAGACCAAACUACAACGGCAUCCUCUUUUUCAUCUGCACUGAGAUUAUAUUCAUGGUUCACUCUGUCCACAGCUCUCAUUUCAACCAGAUCAGCUGUGGUUUAGUUUUACUCUGGGUUGUAAAACAAAAUUCUGUUGAAUAUUGAUGACACCAGCACAAACCCAGUUUCUGCAGUAAGCGCCAUGUGUGUUCUUUUUAAGAUUUUUGCCUCCCCCAACUUUGCACAAAAAUGCAGGUUUGGAUGUAUUAUUUGGAUGUAUUUUUUUCUAAUCAAUUAUUUGGGGUAUCUUGUUUGUAUUUUGUAUUGUUUGUAUGACUUCUUGUAUUUUAUUUGCUUGUGCAAAUGCAUCAGAGCGUGAGUGUCAAUGAGUAAGUUGAAUACUGUCACCGCUUCUGAUUGACAAAUACCAAAACUUCUUCACUUUAACAAUGAAAAAGCUAAAGAGAUAUUUAUAUAAAAAAAUAGAGAUAUAAAAUAUAGAGAUAGCGUAUAUUACAAUAUUUAAGGGAACAGGUAUGAAAAAUGAAGGCAAUAAACAACCAGGAGGGAUUCUCUAAUCAUUUCAACGUGACGGUAAAUGUCAAAAUAUAUUAGACCAUAAUAUGUCAUAUACAUUAAGAUAAUUUUCUUCAUGGAGUAUGGGAUCUGAAAUGUUGUUUUCCUGUUUUGAUAUGAGAAUGUGCUCCUGUGUAUGUAACCAAACCCCAGUGCUUCAAGCAUCUGUCAAUGAAUCCAAAAUAUUGGAUUCAGAUACAUUACUCAGUGUUGUGUUCUUCUAAAGGGAUUUUUUAACUUUAAAUCUUAUCAAACCAAGCUAGUGGAAGAGAGCCCACCGUGUUUUAAGCUACAGUAACCCUUAUGCGGCUUUAAUUUAGUGUUUACAGACAUUUUGAUGUUUUAAGACUGUUAAGGGACGUGGCGACGAAGACGGGGCACACCGAGUCACACAACGUGAUGUACUCAAGUGAUACUGAACACUGGGUGUUUUUGUUGAAGAAAACCAGUGGUGUGUGUGAUCUAAAUAUGUGAGGAAAUAUGGUUGUUGUGUUCCAAAAUAAAUUAUUUUCUCAAAAGAAAAAA